GCCGUCAAAGACGCCAUUGAGAUCGGCUACAGACACAUCGACACCGCCUCCGACUACGGCAAUGAGGCAGAGGUGGGUCAGGCCAUCGCCGAGUCCAUCAAAGCGGGUAUUAUUAAACGAGAAGACCUGUUCGUGACGACCAAAGUGUGGCCCCAGAAGGCCGACGCUCAGGCCAAGGCGUUGCAGUCGAUCCACGAGUCGCUGACCAAGAUGAAUCUGACGUACCUGGAUCUGGUGCUCGUGCACUUCCCGUGGGACGACUACGUGGGCUCCUAUAAGGGCUGCGAAGACGCCUUCCACCAGAAGUUGGUCCGCUCUAUCGGUAUCUCAAACUUCAACGAACAACAGACCGACAAUUUGGUGUCGAAGGCGACCGUCAAACCGGCCAACGACCAGAUCAUGUCCAACCCGAAGGCCGAGAGCGCCGGUUAUCUGAAGUACUCGCACUCACACAACAUCACUGUCACCGCGUAUUCACCGCUCGGCACCGGGAGUCUCGUGAAGAACCCCAAACUUAUGGCCAUCGGGCAGAAGCAUAACAAGAGCGCCGCCCAAGUGAUGAUCAGAUGGCAGAUCCAGAGGGGAGUGAUUGUCAUCCCUAAGAGUGUUAAGAAACAGUACAUCAAAGAGGACUUUGAACAAUAUAUUGGUCACAAAAUAAUGGGAUUCAUUGAUAAAGUUUGCGAAAGUAAUAGUGAGACGGACUUUGAGACGGAGAGACAAAAGUUAACGCCGAUGAUCAAACUGAACACCGGGUAUGAGAUGCCAGAGAUAGGUCUGGGCACGUGGCAGGCGAAGGGGGACCCCGUAAAACAGGCCGUGAAGGACGCCCUGGAGGUCGGCUACAGACACAUCGACACGGCUUACAUCUACGAGAACGAGAAAGAGGUCGGAGAGGGUAUUCACGCCCAGAUCGCCGCCGGUGUACUCAAACGCGAAGAGCUGUUCAUCACCACAAAAGUGUGGCCAAACGGCAGCAAUCAGAAGAAGGCUCUGGAGAUGAUUCACCACUCGCUGAAACAGUUGAACGUCACUUACUUGGACUUAGUUCUCAUA